AUGGAGUCAGAGGACAAAGGGUAUUUGGUGUUUAUAGGCAUAGUUAUAUUUGACCUAACUUUGUUUUCAUUGGCUCUUUUCCUCUGGUCAAAAUACCGUCUUCAAAUUAUAGCUCUUACACACAAUGGCUUUGCUAACAGAAAUAUUAGGUUUACAAAAUUAUUAAGCGAUAGUAUCAACUUGGUAGAAGAUAAAAAUAAGAUUGUAAAGGUGCUAUCUCCUCACUCUAUCGAGAAAAAAAAUAUAAACCAUAUACGCUGGAAUUCUAGAACGAAUGGUCCAGUUUCACAUGCUACUAUAACGCACUUACGUUCUUCAUCCAACGAUAAUUCUGGAUUAUAUGUGAAAGUUUCAAAUGAUUCAAUAGGUACUGAUGAUAUACCAGGUGCCUCUGCCCUGGCUAGGGCCUUAUACAAGUAUAAAAGCUCUGAAAGGUGGUGGAACCCUUUGUUAUAUGAUUGUUCUAACAAAAUUGAAAACAAUGAAGCCAAUCUCUACCUUAAAUUUAUGAGUAAGACGUGCAAAAUGCUCCUAAUAUGCUUUAUGUUUUCGGUUAUAAUAAAUGGAUGUGUCUUCCUAUAUUUCCUAAGUCAAGGUAAUCCGCACAUCUUUCUUGUGUAUACUUUUGAGGACAUGUUAAACUGCAAAGUAACUACGUGGGCACUAUAUAUAAUGGUCUGGAUUUACUCUUUUAUAGCAUAUUAUUUUGUAUCUAUCUUUCGGAAUAAUCUGGAUGGGAAAAAACAAGUUACAGCGAUACUUAGGCCACAACUUCAUACAAUUAUGGUAGCUGGGUUCAACAAAAGCAUAACUAAUCCCAGUCUAAUUUACAACCAUUUUAAUACUUUGUUUCCUGGACAGGUCAUUUCUACACAUAUUGUGAUGGAUCAUAGUAAGCGCUUGAGGUAUGAGCAUGAAUUGGAAAAUGAGAAACUACAGUUGACAGGUCUAUAUGAUCUUGUUUCAAUUUCAUCGACUUGCCAACUGAAUAAGUCGGAUGUGACAAGCAUAAGAGACAUCAGUGUCAACCACUCAGAUGUAUCUCAUACGUAUGGAAAGACCUCAAUUGUACGUUCCUUGAGUGCUAACUUGGGGGAGUCUGAAAUAUUCACAACAAAAAGUGAAUCAGAUAAGAAAGUCAACAAAUCAUUAUCGUCUCAGAACUUGACAUAUGUGCCCACAGCAAAAGCUGAGGUAACUGGUUCCCAGGCUGUAAUUGAAAAGGAGACACAUGAAUACUAUGGUGACAUGAAACAACAUUUCUUCAAACACAUAGACAGGAUUAAACGCUUGAAAAUACAGAUUGAAGAGGAAAAAAACAAAAUUCAUAAUGUAUCCGCAAGAGUAUGCUUUGUAUCAUUUGCAGACUCCAAUAUAGUACUGCACAUCUUAAAGGAUAACAAAAUAUUGGAUUUUAUACCUCAGUGGCAUAUUUCACCAGCUCCGCAUCCAAAUGAUUUGAUAUGGCUGAAUUUACACAUAUCUAGAUACAAUGUUUUGUUAAGGAUGCUAUUUUUCAACUUUCUUCUAGUAGUUUUCUAUGUGGGAGUUACAUAUUUGCUUAUAAAGCUAAAUAUGAUUAAAAGGUUCACAAAAAUCGACCUAGAUGAAACAGGUAACAGCCAAGGUGUUCAUUUUGAUGUUUUUAGUAAUUGA